GCUGGGAUGCUACUUGGGAGUCGACCACUUGUGGAGUUCGCAGCCGGCCCAUUCUGGGGUUCCUUCGCUAGUCGUUUCAGGAAACAAAAGUUGCUACUUCUGUUUUCGUUAGGAUCGUUAAUAGUCUUCACAUUGGCAAUCGGAUUUGUUCAACCAAUCACUCCAUACUGCGUAGUCCUCGUUCCAGAAGCAAAUACGUCAUGUCAGAUGGUGUUGGUACCUGCUGGUAAGGUUAUUCGUGGUGGAGCUUUGGGAAUGCUAAAAGAAGCAGUCGUCGGACGAACUAAGCGUCAAGCAGAAAAUCCUUUUGAUGGUUUUGAUGACUGGAUUUUAGAAAUCAUCGAGAAAAUCAUCGAUUUGAGUACAUUCGACAAUGAAGAGGACAUCGUGGCCGGAAUUGCACCUGAGUACAUCACAAAGGAGCAGGUUUGCAAUUAUGAAGAAAGAGAGUACGGAGUUUUGGUUUCACCGCCACAUUCAACCAGAGUCUAUCGACAACCAGCUGUUGAACAGGCAUUCAUGUUACUUCUACUGCUGAUAGCCUUGGGAGAAUUCUUUUCAUCACCAGCACUGGCACUGGCAGAUGCAGCCACCUUGAAUGCUACCAAAGACAACCCCCAAGAGUUUGGAAAAAUUCGUCUGUUUGCAUCGGUCGGUUGGGGACUUGCCAUGUUCGUCAUGGGAAUUGGGCUUGACUAUUCGGAUACGUUCCGCAAUCAUCCCUGUCCCACCAAUAACACCACAGAAAAGAACUACACCCUCUGCUUUGUCAUGUGCAGCAUAUUCAUGUGUGCCGCUAUGCUUCUUGCUACUCAAUUCAAAUUCACAGACGAAACAGCGCGUCCGGAUGAAGUGGGUGGACUGGUGAUGGACACUCGAGAAUCUGAAGUAUCACACGUAGUAGCCGAAAAAGCAAGAGCUCGGCAGUUGCAGGCCGAUUCAGCUUCAGAGAGUACAUUGUGGAUUGCACUCAAAGCGCUUGCCAAUGCUCACGCUAUUAUCUAUCUGACUUCGGUUACGAUAAUGGGAUUAGGGGCUGGCAUCAUCUUUUCUUUCCUCUACUGGCACUUGCAGGAUCUUGGAGGUUCACCGGUUCUGUUUGGUAUUCUAUCGGUUGUCAAUCACGCAUCUGAAAUUGUGGCGUACUUCUUUACAUUUCAGAUCAUCAACAAAUACGGCCAUGUGAAGGUUAUGUACAUCUGCCUCGCCGUAAAUAUGGGGCGAUUCCUAAUUCUCAGCUGGCUGGACAACCCUUGGCUAACACUUCCAUUGCAGGUUUUACAAGGUAUACACUCCUGA